AUGGGUUCUAAGGAAGAGUCAUCAACCCAUCUGGACAGCUCCCGGGAUGAGCUUGCCGCCCUGGAGAUCCAGCGAGUAGAUGGGGUCCUGGAGGACUGCAUUUGGAACGUGGAGGCACUGUCCCUCCUACCUGCCAUCAUGGCUGACCUGGACAGGCUGUCGGUAGUGCUGGGGCCCACGCUUGUGGGAGCGCUCAAAGAGCACCAUCUCCUGGGAGAACGGCUGGAGGCCCAUCGAUUGGAGCGGGCAGAGGGCCAGGGAAUGCCCCCGGGGCUGGAACAGUCCUUCUGCUGCUGUCUCCGGACUGUCCUCCGGCACCUCCGAGCACGGCCAGCCGUGUGCCGGGAGCUGAGGGCCAAGGCCACCGCCGGACAGUACCGCAAGAUGGCGGAGGGUCUGAAAGAGCUCCAGGGCCUGCUGAUGGAGAAAAUGCUCAUGGGCCCCACCGAGGUGCGGGAGAGGAGCCGGUACCUGAAGGAGCUCUCCGUCAGGCACCGCAAGAACACGGAGCUCGUGUCCAAGCUGGAGCAAGAGGUGGAGGAGGCAACCGAGGAGAAGAACGCUGACAUCGCCAAGCGGGACAAGCUGAUCCGCCGGCUGAAGGUCUCCAUGCACCUGACCAAGAAGGCCUCGGACGAAGUCCUGGACGGCAUGGAGCACGAGGUGGAGGAGCACAAGCGAGUUGACCGGACCGCCUCGGAGGCCCGGCGCGCCGAGAAGCAGCAGGAGGCCGACAAGCUGCAGGCGCAGCUCAAGAGCCUGGCCAUCGAGAACCGCGACUCGGAGACCGCCCUCAGGAAGAAGAAGGCCCGGGUGGAGACGGAGAUCGAGAACUGGAUCCAGAAGUACGACGUGGACAUGGCCGAGAAGCAGGCCGAGCUGGAGGAGCUGUCUCGGCUCCACGAGCGGGAGCAGGAGGAGGUGCCCAAGCUGGAGGAGCUCUGCAACAGGAUGGAGGAGGAGAGGAGCCGGACCAAGGAGCAGAGGCGGCAGUCGCUUGAGCGGAAGCAGGAAGAGGAGGCGGAGGUCAUCGUCGAUGAGUAG